AUGAUGAACAAGAGAAAUAAUAUUAUUUCAAAUAUCAAAAAAUAUCCUAGAUGCAAUAAUUACGUAAAUAAAAGCUUUAUCGUUGAAUAUAUUUCAACUUUAAAAAUGUACAACAAAAGAGAGAAAGAUAUUAUAUUAAAUUCUUUUAUAAAAUUAUUCAUAUUUGUUCUUUUCAUUCUGAUGUUACAAUGCUCUU